AUGAGACUAUAUAGUAAGAAAAAAAGGAAAUGUAAUAUUAAUUUCAUAGACAUAGAAUUGGAGGCUUUUAUAUUUGGAUGUUUCUUAUACAGCUGGAAUGAUAUAUUAACAAACAAUAUAAUAUAUAAAAAAUGUAAUAACAACAAAGAUGAGAAAAUAAAAAAUAAUAAUAAUAAUAAUAAUAAAAUAAAUUAUAACGUGGUUAAUAAUAAAAAGAAAAAAUUGACUACUUUAAAAAGUUCAGGAGUUAAUAAAAGGAAUUUCUCCUCUAUUAAAAAUAAUAAAAAGAAUAUAACUACAAACCAUAUUUUUUAUAAUUGUUCAGCAAAAAACAAAAUAAUAAAUAAAAGUAACUCAAAAAAUUAUGUAAAUUAUUGUAAUAAAUAUAAUGAACAUAUAUCUUGUAGUAUAAAUACAGAUUUUCAAAUUAAACAUAAUAUAGAUAUUAACGCAUUAAAUGACAAACUCUUAUAUUUUGUAAAAAUUAAUUUCUGUUUAAAUAAUAAAGACUUUAAUAUAUUUUGUAAUCUAUAUCAUUUUUAUAAGCAUAUUAAAGAAGAUAAAAAAAAUGAAGAAACCAAACUACUCAACAGCUUUUUUAAGCAUAAGGUUGUCAAAUGUGGAAAAAAGUUUAAAAAUGGUUGUACUAAUAAAGAGGAUAUAAAAGGACACUCACAAAAUGAGAAAAAUGAUAAUAUGUAUGAUGGUAUAGCUAAUAAAUGUGAUGAUCAUAAGUAUAAUAUACAUGAUUAUCAUAAGUAUGAUAAAUAUGACGAUCAUAAGUAUGAUAAAUAUGACGAUCAUAAGUAUAAUAAACAUGACGAUCAUAAGUAUGAUAAAUAUUACGAUCAUAAGUAUAAUAUACAUGAUGAUCAUAAGUAUGAUAAAUAUGAUGGUCAUAAGUAUAAUAUACAUGAUGAUCAUAAGUAUAAUAUAUAUGAUGAUCAUAAGUAUAAUAUACAUGAUGAUCAUAAGUAUAAUAUACACGAUGAUCAUAAGUAUAAUAUACAUGAUGAUCAUAAGUAUAAUAUACAUGAUGAUCAUAAGUAUAAUAUAAACGAUGAUCAUCUUACAUAUGAUAAACAUGAUAAUGUUUUAAAUGGACCAUAUAACAAUUCAUAUCAAGAAAGGGGAAAAUUACAUAGAAACUCCAAGAACAAUAAAAAUGUAAGAACAAAAAAACAUGUGAAUUGUUUUUUUUGUGAUAUAUAUAUAAAUAAAAACAAUUUUGAUGAUUCCACAAAAAUGGAAAAAUUUAUACAUUCAUGUAUGAACAAAGUAUAUGCUAAUAAAAAAUGCAAUUUGAUGAACAAAUGUAUUAUAAAUAUAAAAACGUUUGAUGAUAAUUUUAUUCAUUCAACUACUAUAGAACGUUUAUUUUGUUUUAUAUAUACACAUAUGGAUAAGAAUUUAAUUUUUUUUUGGUUUAAUUUUUUAAAAGUUUUAUUAAAUGUUACCAUAGAUAAACAUUUGAUGAUAAAAAUAUUUUUUUUCUUUUGUAAAAAAAAUUUUUUACUAUCUUCAUUUUUCCAUUCAGAAGAAAACAUAAUUAAUCAUGAAUUUUUUAGUAAAAAUCUGUCCAUAAAUAAACCAUCAAAUAAUUUUAUAUUAGAUAUCAUGAAACCAUACAAAUGUCAAAAUAUAACAAACCUUAUUUUAAAUAAUAAUUUUGUCUUAUUACAAAAUCUUCUAGAUUAUUUUUAUAUGAUAUGUUCUACUAGAAAUAUGAGCUUUUAUGAUAAUUUUUUUCUUAAUAUACAAAUGAUAAAUUUUAUAUAUCCUGUACAACUUAACGUUUUUCAUUUUUAUUAUAUGAAGCUAUACAAAAAAUUUAAUCAUCAAAGACAUUUAUAUCACGAAAGGAUUAAUUCUAAACCCAUUUUAUUUUACAGCAACACAAGUAACAUAAACAUAUUAAUGAAAAAGAAGAAACAAAAUAUAACGAAACAUAAUUAUAAUGAAAAAAAACAAAAGAAAACCAAAUUAAUACCAUCAUUAGAUAAUUCAGCGAUUCAUAAUUCUGAUAAAUCGAAAAACAUAUAUAUUAAUAACACAAAGGAAUUUACAAAUAAUUAUACAAAUUCCAUUUUAUCUAUUUCUAAAAAUAAUCUUAACAAUCAAAUGUCGUAUCUAAAUAACAAAAUGAUUACAAAUGAGGGAAAUUAUCAAAAUCAUGCAACUAGCCAUUCUCGAUAUAAUUAUGAAAAAAUAUAUACACGUUAUACUAAUUUCAUUAUUGGUAAAAAUUGUAAUAUGAUGAAUACACACUUCAAUCAUUUUAAUAUUACAUAUCUUAAUAAAAAAGGUAAAAUUAUAUAUAACCGUUUUAAUAUAAAAGGUUUUAUUACUGAACAGAUAAAUAAAUACUUUUAUAAGGAUUAUAAACCUAAUUAUAUAACAACAACAACAAAAAAAAAAAAAAAAAAAAAAAAAAUACCUGCACAAGUCAGGAAGCAAUAUAUUAAUCGCUAUUUCUAUGAACAGCUAUUUUCAAGAAAAGAAAAAUCAUUAAUAAAAAAUGUCGUUGCAUAUUUUAAAAGAACAUAUGAGAUUUUAAAUAAAUAUAUAGGGAUGAAUAGAUUAGAAAAGCAGAGUAACAUGUUUUACUUUUUAUUUGAUGCUUUACCAACAUUAAAAAGGAAAAGCAGCAUUAAGAAUAUAUUGGAGCCUUAUAUUUGUACGAUAUUUUCAAGUUAUGAAUUUAUGGAUAUAUAUAAUUUUAUUGAAAAUUUGAAGCGAUUAUAUACUUUAAAGAAUAAUAAAAAGGGGAACAACAGUAUACGUAUAAAAGAACAACAUCCGUGUUUAAGAUUUUUGAAUGAUUUACAAGGGUUAAAUUAUAUUUACAAUAAUUUAAGAGGUGAUUAUUUAAUGUUAAUGCAGAAUGUGUAUCAAGAGAUCAAAGGAGAAAAUAAUAAAAAGAUGAAUAAUAAUAAGUUUUAUGAUAAUAGUUUAAAGUAUAAUAUGUUGGAUAAUAAUACAUAUAAUGGUAAUAUUUUAAAUAAUAAUCAAAUAAUAAAAUGUAAUAAAAGUACGAUUCAUAAAUUAAUAAGGAAUGAAAAAACUGAUAUAUAUAAACAUGUGUCUAUAUACAAAUUUUCAUCAAACCUUAUAAAUAUACAACAUAAUUUAUUUAAUAUAUAUUUGGAAUGUAAUUUAUUAAAUAAAGCAUAUGAAUUGGUUAUGUCGGAUUUUGAUUUUUCUUUUUCAUUAACUGAAGAAAUAAUUUUCUUAUAUAAAAUAUAUUUAAUUGAAUUAAAAAAAAAAAACAUUUUGCAUUCUUUUGAAAUAUUAAAUAUAGCUUUUGAUAAAUGUUAUGUUUUGUUAAAAAAAUAUUUAUGUAAUCCAACAUCAUUUAAAUUAUUAUCAGUUAUUAGUAUUCAUUUCAGUCAUAUGUUAUUUAAUUAUCCUUAUUUAUCAAAAUUUCUAACUUUUCUUCCAUGUCAAAAAAUUAAAUUUAUUAAAAAUAAUAUACUCAUGAAUGAGAAUAUAAAAAUGGAGCAUUAUAAUAAUAUGUUCUACGAAAAGAAUUAUUUCAACUACUUUAAUAUGUAUGACAAUAAUAAUAAUAAUAAUAAUAACAACAACAACAACAACAACAACAACAACAACAACAAUAAUAAUAAUAAUAACAAUAGUAACAAUAGUAGUAAUAAAAAUAAUUAUUUAGAUGAUAAGAAUGUGAAAAAAAUUAACGAAAAUAAGGAGGACAAUCAUUAUUAUCAACCAAAGGAAUUUAUUAAUAAAAACAAUUUUAAUUUAUAUCCCACUUAUAUGGAACACACACAUAAUUAUUUACAACUUCUAGGAAAUAAAGAAAAAAAAAAGGGGGUUCAUGAUUAUUCUAAUCAUGUAAAUAAAGAACCUUAUAAUGAUAUAAGUAUGGAUUGUUACAAAUGUAUAAAUGCAGAUAAUUAUAAACACAUGGAUAUAGAUAAUUAUAAAUACAUGGAUAUAGAUAAUUAUAAACACAUGGAUGUAGAUAAUUACAAACACAUGGAUAUAGAUAAUUACAAACACAUGGAUGUAGAUAAUUACAAACACAUGGAUAUAGAUAAUUACAAACACAUGGAUAUAGAUAAUUACAAACACAUAGAUAUAGAUAAUUACAAACACAUAGAUAUAGAUAAUUACAAACAUAUAAAUAAAGAAAGUUAUAAUGAUACUUAUAAUUAUUAUAAAGAGUUACGGACAUGUAACACUUCUUAUAAUAAUAUACAAAGUGAUGACCAUUAUGAUAACAACCUUAAGAGGGUGGAUACAAAUAAUGAAGUUUUAUUAUUAUCAAAUGAUAUUUUAAAAUAUGAUAUAAGUAACGAUAAUAAUAUAGAUAAAAAUAAAACGAAUUCUUAUAAUGAUAUGAAAAAAAGAAAUGAUAGUACUUGUAAUGAUAACGAUAACAAUAAUGAUUACAUUAAUUUUCUUAAUAAUAAGAGUGAUUAUAAUUUUUUAAACAAAUAUGAUUAUUUUCAUAUGAAUAAAAUCUUAAAAGUCUUUAAUUUUAUUUUUAAUCUCUUAGAAUGUACACUUCAUAAUAAUGAUGUAUCUAUAUUUAAUUAUAACAAAGAUACUACAUAUACAUUCGACGAAAGGGUAUAUAAAAAUGAAUUGAUAUUAGACAAUAAUAAUAAUGAAAAUAAAAAUAUUACUAAUAUAAGGAAUUAUAUAAAAGAAAUUGUAUAUAAAAUUGAAUUAUAUUUUACUAGUAUAAAAAAUAAGUAUGUUCAACGUUUCGAAAAUAUUCAAGACAUACAAAAUAUGGAAAAUGCUGCAGAUGAACAAUAUGUAAAAAAUGUUGUUAAAGAUAUAGAUAGAAGUCGAUUUAGAAAUUUAUUACAUGACUCGAAAUUAAAUAAAUCAUUAAAAUAUAAUGAUCAAUAUAAUUCUUUUUUUUCUUUUGAAUUUUUAUAUUUAGCAUAUAUAUGUUCAAAUUCUUUCCCAGAUAAUAUUUCAAAAAAUUAUAAAAAUUUACUUUUUAAGAAUUUUAAUUUUAAUGAAAUAUGGCUAACGAGUCAUCAAAUAAAAAUCAAAAUAUUCAUAUCAUUAAUGUACAUGUCUUUAUAUGAAAUAAAUUCAAUGAACCUAGGGGAAUUUUUUAUUGAGAUAUUAAAAAUAAUACUACAACGCUUUUAUAAUAAUUUAGAUUACAAUGAUAUACAAAUUAUACAAUAUAUAUUUUUAAAUAUAUCUAAUGAUACAUUAUUUUCUUGCUAUAAUAUGAUUGAUGAUAUAAAAGAUAUAAUUAGAAAAAUUCCACAAAUAAGUAAUAAGGAGUUCUUUUAUGUAUAUAAUUUAUAUGAAACGAAAAACAUUUUACAGAAUUAUCAAAAUAAUUUAAACAAAGGAGACACAAAAGAUAAGUUUAUAAAUAGAUUAUUAAAUUAUUUAAUCAAAAAAAAAUAUGAAAUAGAAAAUAAAAAACAACAUUUAAAAGAAAUACACAAUAUUGUGAAUAAUGAUAUAAAUGAAAAGAAGAAACUAUGUAAUACGUUAGGUACAAAUGGUACCAUAAAUAAUAAUAUGACUAAUAAAAUGGAUGAAUAUAUUUUAAAGGAUCAUAUGCAUGAUAUAUCAAAUGACUCAUAUGAUAAACAAUGGAAAGAAACCAUGUUACAAGUUGAUAUAUUAAAAGAAAAACAAAUUAUUAUACAUAAUCAAACUAAGGAUACUACUAAUUUAUAUAUGCAGGAUAAUAUUUUAUAUGACAAUUUGAGUGAACAUGUUUAUGCAAAUCAGACGUAUAAAGAGUUCAAAGAUUUAAAACAUUUAAAAGAGCUCGAACAAUUCGAACAAUUCGAACAAUUCGAACAAUACGAAGAAUUCGAAGAAUUCGAAGAGCUUUUUCCAAAUAAUAACACAUACACUUUUGAUUUUUUCUUGACUGAAAAAUGUUUAGAAAAAAAUGACUUUGUGUUUUUUAAAAAAUGUAAUAAGGGAAAACAUCAAAAUAAUUAUUCUGAUCAGCAUCCUUGUGGAAGCUCCUUUUUUUUCAACAUGUUGAAUCAUUUGAAAGAAUGUGAUACGGAUGGGAAGAAAAAGAAGAAAAAAAAAAAAUUAAAAAUGAAAGGAGAAAAAAAAUUAAAAAUGAAAGAAGAAAAAAAAUUAAUAAUGGAAGGAGAAAAAAAAUUAAAAAUGAAAGAAAAAAAAAAAUUAAAAAUGAAAGAAAAAAACAAAUUGAAUAUGAAGGAAGAAAAAAAAUUAAAAAUGAAAGAAGAAAAAAAAUUAAAAAUGAAAGAAAAAAAACAAAACAAAACAUUAGAUGAACACAUCGUGACAACAAAAAAAAAUAAAUAUUUACCAAAUGUAGAUGAUGACAUAAAUAAAAAAUACAAAUUAAUAUGGAAUUAUUUUAAAAUAAAUAAAGAAAUAUAUAUAGACAACUUUAUUGAUGAAAAGGUAGAAUCCAUUAUAAACAUCCAAAAAUAUGGAUAUAAAUUAAAUUAUUAUGAAAAUACCAAAGUAGAAUAUUAUCAACAUUAUAGUUUUCAAAAACAUUUUAACAUACCAGAGGAAAUAUCAGAAACAUAUUCCGUUUUAAUUGCCUUAAACCGAAGUAUAAGAGAUAAUAAUUUUUUUUUAUCUUUUGAAAAUAAUAAUUAUGUAAACACAUGCUUGAAUUUAUUAUAUAUUAUAGAUUUGUAUAUGGAAUUUAAAUCGAAUAUAUUUAACAAACCAUUUUAUUUUAUUAAAAAUUUAAUAAUAAUGUGUGCAAAUAUAAGCUUUUCUAAAGAAUUAACUAUUAUAUAUAUUAAUGCCCUUAUACGAUUUUGUUUAUUUGAACUAAGAAUGGAUAAUUUGUUCAUUUCAGCCAAUAUACUUAUUGAAAUAUUAAACAAUUUCGAAAAAAUUAAAAAUUAUAAAAACUUACUAGGAAUCAUUUUUUACCUGUGUGGGUAUAUUUUAUUACAGCACCUCGAUUAUAAUAGCCAAGAACAAUGUUAUGAAGAGAACAAAAACGCCUUGAUAGACGAAUAUAAUUAUUAUGUGCUUAUGAAAAAGAAUUAUAUUAACACAUUUCAAAAAAUAAAGAUGGAAAAAAGCAACUUGAAAAAAGAAGCUUCUAAUAAUAAAAAAAAAAAAAAUUAUUUCGACCAAUUUUUAAAGCAUAGUAGCACUGAAUUGUAUAAUUUAAAUAAUACACCAUUAUUUUUUCAAGAAAAUGGAAAAAAUACUUUCAGUAGUAAAAAGGAAAAAGUAAAAGACAAAAUGAUGGAUCAUUAUGCAAAGGGGAAAUUAAAUGGACAUUUAAAUGGACAUUUAAACGAACAUUUAAACGAACAUUUAAACGAAAAUUUAGAUGAACAUUUAAACGAACAUUUAAACGAACAUUUAAACGAACAUUUAGAUGAACAUUUAAACGAACAUUUAAACGAACAUUUAAACGAACAUUUAGAUGAACAUUCCUAUUCAAAUCAGCCGAGUAAUAAGAACAAUUCCAACUUAGGUACAUAUAUAUAUCUACAGAAUGUGGAUAUGGAAGACUGUAUAAAAAAGAAUAAUGAGAAUUGCUAUUUAAGAACGAAGGGUGUAGAGAAAAUUACAGAUGAUUUCUCUAUGAAUGAAAAAAAAAAUAAUACAUUUGUAAAGAAGAAAAGUGGACGUAAAUUAAUUCCUUUAAUAAAGAACCAAAUAAAAAUAACUGAUUAUUUUUCGAAUAUAAAAAAUGAAAAAUCUUAUGAUAUGUCUUAUGACAAUAUGUAUGUAUCAGAUAACAUUCGAAUGAAUAAUGCAUCCUAUAUGCAUGUUAAUAAAAAGAGAAAAAAAAGUAGUUAUAUAUUAUGUGAAGACGCAAUUUUAGAUAAAAAACCAUAUUAUUCAGAAAAAAGUACAAGUACCAAAAGGAAUGAAUAUCCUUACCUGUAUGAUGAAAUAAAUAAGAAACAGUUUUUUUUAUUUUUAAUUUGUUUCUAUAUAAAUCAGGCUUUAUAUUAUUGGUCAAAUGAUGGAGAUGCCAUUGGAAUAGCGAAUGGAGUUCAACAGAAAAAAAGGAUAAACGAUUCUUUUUUUUUUCUCAUGUCGUCUUAUAAAUAUUUUUAUAAGUCUUCUUUAUAUUUAUCAAAACAAAUCAAUAUACACGAAUAUAAAUCUCCUUUUUUUAAUUACUCAUUAUUUAAUACAUAUUAUCAAUUUUAUAUAUAUUACAAGACUAUAUUUAUGAAAUGUAAUAAUGAAAAUAUAAUAAAUUUGGUCAAAUAUAAUAAUUAUUAUUAG